AUGGAGGGAAAAAAAAAAAAAAAAACGGCCUGGUGUUUCUUGCGCAUGUACACUCUCCAUCUACCCACACACUCACUUAUCGUUUCUUCUUUAACUUGUCUUGCCUGUGCUUUUUUGACCGCAUUUAUUGUGAGUAGACGACCACGCCGUAUGCCUCGUUCAGUGGUCAUCUUUUGUUGUUGUUGUUGUUGUUGUUGUUGUUGUUGCUCUCUCCCGCCGCUAUUUCUUCUUUCAGUGGCAGGACGCGGAGAAAGGAGGCGUCACUGGAAAGGGAAAACACACACACACACACACACACACGUACGCAAGGAAUAUAAACUUCUUAAUAGACAAAUAUAUAUAUAUAUAUAUUGCAAUAAAAUCCGAGUGGCGGCAGUUUCGACUGUGUGGUGCGUGAUGUUUGCGAAGGAUCCUUCGUUGCUGCUGCUGGGGACCGAAACGGGCUUCACGGCGCCUUCACGAGUUUCUCGCCGGAGCUCCGGCACCGUGAAUGCCAAUUUGGAAGUCGGGGAGGACGACAUGUGUGCUGAAAGCACCAAACCUUUUAUCUUAUCGAAUGAAGCAGCAGCUGCUGUUGUGAAACCCCGGCCGAACCCUGCAGACGCUGUGGGUAAGGCGGUGCUGAAACCCGGUGGGAAAGGCCGCGGGUCGAAGAACUUCUUGUUGCGUGAAAAUACAAUCCAACACGCGAUGGGAACGCCACAUUCCGCGUUUGCGGCACAAAAGUUGCUAAGGAAAGGCAAGCCGGUACCACACCCGCCAAGAAAAUCGCUCAUGACAACUAAAGACAGACCAGCCAUGGGGUCGCACGGCAGCGCACCACACAACGCACGCCCUUUACGUGGCCCGCAAGCAGUGAAGAAACCAGUUGCGCCAAGUGCACCCACACCAAAAAAACAACAACAGCAACGCAGCGUCUCGCAUGGGACGAUGAACAUGACGACCACAACAUCUUCUAAUGCUGGUGGGGAAUCGCUGCUUGCCUCGAGAUUCCGAGAGGUGUCAUUUAAGGCGGGGAAUGUUGCCCACGGAAGACGGAGGAGGAGCUUUAUUGAGAGCAUCACACUGUGUGAAGACGAUUCUUGGCAACCUACUACUUCCGUGACGAAGACGAGGCGGAAAAAAAUGUCUGGAAAUGUGGCACCGGCGCUAACGCCGCUUCCACGUCAAAUAGUACGGCAACUGUAUGCGGAGGAUAUGGCUCCUCUUCCUGCAAAAGGAGCUGAUUCAUCGUCAAACCAUUUCUCGCCACAGCUUUCAUUGACGGCUUUAAAUUCUACUUGGGACCGUACGGGAGAGGGGGAUGCCUACAGGGAUGCUCAAUACUCAUGCUCCUUGUCUCAGUCUCGAACAGGUGGUGACUUGGGUUCUUUACCCAAGAAUAUGAAAAUCAAAGGUUUUUCGUUUCUUUCCUUACACGCAUGGAAUGCACCACCCUCCAAUGUUGUACUUCCAAAUGGCAUGAUGCCCUUAGAAAGAAAGUCGCAAGAAAAAGAUGGAGCACAGUGCGAGUAUUGGCACGUCACCCAUCCGUUUCUUGAGGAUGAAAAUCGAAAGGGAGAAUGGAUGCGUCCUCUGCAGGAAGUAGGAAGGUCUGAAAGAAAGUUCAUCUCUGACACGGAUAAUACCGAAAAGAAGAAAUUGCACGUGUCAAAUGAUGAUGACUAUCAUAAUCUUUUUCAUUCCUUACAAAAAAUUCACUCACUUCAUCAUCAUCAUCAUCAUCAUAUGGAUGCACUUCAGGAAUCCACGGCGCAGCCGGAGUUAAGUGAUAUUGGAGGAUUUACCAACUCGUUGGCGGCUUGUUCAGCUCUUCUUAAAGAGCCGCAGCAGCUACUUGAUAGUGAGUUUUUGGUGUCUCACAAAGCUCCUUUAUCGCCAAUUCAACGGAAAUCCACUCUGCAGGCAUCGUCGUCCCUCCUGGAUAAUUCAUGGAUCUCCCUAAUGCAAGCAACCGAAAAAAAUCCUCAGUUUGUGGAGUUGUCGCAUCCUGGUAGAGUGUUAUUUGCAUCAUUGCUUUACCUGCGAGCGCUUGGUGGGUUUCCUACACUGCUUCGCAUCAACCCACUCAGGAAAAGCAGCUUUGUCGUAGGAAAGGAACACUGCGUGGAGCUUGUCUUUUGUUUACCUUCAGGCCGCCAACGUGACACAAAUGCAGCUUCACUUCCAUCACAAACGAAAGUGUCGCGUUCCACAAGGAUCACUAAUUUCAUCUUGGAGGGUCGGCACGCACACGAGAAGGACGGUCAAGGCAAACACGUGGGCUGGGAAGAACGUAGUGUCAUUGUACGCUCUAUUCUUGCAGAAAAAUCCAUUGUGGACCGCUUUGGGAAGGUGGAGGUGGUGCAUGUUUUGCCACCCAUACAAAAUGAAAAUGCAUUCAUGAGGCGUGAAGCGGACGAGAGCCACAGAAGUCAGUUGAUUGAAUCCAAAAGUAAAUUGGUUAGCCGCCUUUUACAUGACUCGACUCCAGAGCCCCAUGCUGACGCUCAAUCACGGGUGCCCUACGGCUUAUCGUUUCCGGGUGGUUUUCCCUACGGCAGGAAGACACACCACAUGGAAUGCGGUGAUCUUGCAGUCGCGUUUCUGAUGAGUGGGAAACUGUCACAGAUUAGUGGUGUUCCACCGGAGCCAAUGGACCUUGAGGCAUUGCGUUAUAAAGUGUAUGCACUCAGACAACACGAAUUAGAGGAUGCCACGAGGAAGGAGGAAUUCAACACGGCCGCAACACAGCGGACUGGCGUUGGUUUUGAAUUUCCAAUACGAGAGGCUCGAACACCAUCCCAGGCUGCCACAAUGAGAACAGAAGCAACAACGCCUGCAGGCUUAUUCCUGGAAAAUGCAGUGAAUGUGGCGUCAAUGCAACAACGAUUUCCCGCGUACACUCCAGUUACGAUUGCGGAAUCCACCAUUUUGGCAACGACGGAUGGAACUGCCGGGGUGUGUAAAGGUGGCCAAAAGGCCGGUGAGUGCCAGGGUACACAAUUUUCUCAGUUACGUUUGCCUCGGUUUUACAUUGACCUUGUGGAUGCUGUGCAACACGCACUAGAGGUGCAGGAUAUGCUGAGAAACGAAAAUGCCGUCCGCGCACGUUUCUUACAGAUGACAUAA